UCCCGCCCCUCCUCUCCUGCCCCGCAUCCAACCAUGCCGUUCUCGGCGCCGCCGCCCGCCAGCGGCGAGCCCUUCGUGCUGUCCGCCAGCUUGGACAACGCGCGGCACCUCUCCAGCCUCCUGCGGGCCGUGCACUUCCAGGACCACGCCACGUGCUUCGCCACGGCCAGCGGGCUGCGCGUCACCGUGGAGGAUGCCAAGUGCAUCCAGGCCAACGCCUUCAUCCAGGCAGAAAUUUUUCAGGAAUUUGCUGUUCAGGAGGAAUCAGUGAUGUUCCGGAUCAAUUUGUCUGUUCUUCUUGACUGCCUGACCAUUUUUGGCACCAGCUCUUUGCCAGGAACAUCAACGGCCCUUAGGAUGUGUUACCGUGGUUAUGGUUAUCCCCUGAUGCUGUUCUUGGAGGAAGGAGGAGUAGUGACAGUGUGCAAAAUUAACACUCAGGAACCUGAGGAGUUGUUGGAUUUUGAUUUCUGCAGUACAAAGGUUGUUAAUAAAAUCAUCCUACAGUCAGAGGGGCUACGAGAAGCAUUUGCUGAACUGGAUAUGACUAGUGAAGUUCUGCAGAUUACCAUGUCUCCAGAUAAACCCUACUUCAGGUUAUCCACUUUUGGAAAUGCUGGAAGUGCACAUCUGGACUAUCCUAGGGACUCUGAUUUGAUGGAAGCAUUCCACUGUAACCAGACUCAGACAAACAGGUACAAGAUUUCUUUGCUUAAACCAUCUACAAAGGCAUUGGCUUUAUCUUGUAAAGUGUCCAUUCGAACAGAUGCUCAAGGAUUUCUUUCACUUCAGUAUAUGAUCAGGAAUGAAGAUGGACAGAUCUGUUUUGUGGAAUACUAUUGUUGCCCUGAUGAGAAUAUUGCUGAAGCAGAACUGUAGGGGUAUGUGUUGGCAUCUGUAAUAUAUUUUUUAUUAUAUAAAAUAGUGUAUUUUUUUUACAAAGUAAAUGAAAGCUGUAAAGAUUGAUAGGCUUAAUAGUGUCUUUUUUUUAAACUCUGGAAUAAGAAAUCUGAGGACUUUAAUUUUCUUCCCUUGCAUUUCUUAGCCUCGACUCAAAAAAACUGACUCUGAAAAAGCAAAAAGUGGAGUUGAUCUCUUGUAGACACUGGUUGCAGCACAUAUGUUAAAGUAGUGUUUGUAUAAUACAUUGCUGCUUUUUACAAUUUUCUCCAAGAAUUUUUGUUUCUGUUUUGGUUUUUGUCUUUGCCUUGCAGUGAGCAAUUACACAAGGGAAAAUCUGAAUGCUAGCUGUAUAUUAGGCAGUUAACUUUCAGUGACUUAAAGCCAAAUUUGUCUUGAAAGAGGAUAGGUAAAAUUUUCAAACUGAUUUCUUUCUGUCAAAUGCUGACCUGUUUUGUCAGUGAAGCCACUAGGCUUCUCCUCCUCUUGAUUAAUUCUUAAUAUAACUCAAUUCCUUGGAGUUUCAUCUGAUACCAGUUCACCAUUUUGUCUGCACUACUGGUGUUGAAUUGGUAAAUGGAUACAGAAGCCAGGAUUUACUUGCUCAUUACUCAGAACUGUUUUGGCGACAUCACUGUUUAUUGGAUCAGUGAUUUAUUACACAUCUGCAAGAAUGCUGCUACUGAGGUGUUUCUGUAUGUGCAUGACCCUGUUCCUACCCUGCUACUCUCUACCUCUACUGUUAAAAACCUUAAGAAGAGAGAAAAGUUUCAUAUUUAAAAUUAUGAAAUUUUUUUAUCUUCUCAGUAGCCUUUUUCAGCAACAGAAGGCACUCCUAAACUGGAGUUUCUACAACCUCAGACUGUGGUCAAGUUUUGUUGUUUGUCAGAUAAGGUCCUGCUUUGCACCGAUGGAAAACAGUACGUUUGUAUCUUACCAAGUGGAUUGCUCCACAAUCCAACAGAACCCAAGUCCUUUGGGAUUAUUUUAAGUUUAAAAUACUUCUGUUUACCAUUUUUCACAUCUUCCUUAUGUCAGCAAGAGUACACUUUCAGAGUGCACAGUGUUAGUAGCUCAGUUUUGUUGUCUCCCAUGCCAGUCAUCCGUUUAUUGCAAUAAAUUUUACAGUUGAAAAACAAUUACAAGUUUUUGAACUACAGGGCGGAUAAAGAUA